CGCCGCCGAGGGGGGGGGAAGGAGAAGCGGGGGGGUGGCUUCACCCCGCUGCCAGCUUCGCCCCCUCGCCCGGUCGGCGCUUCCCCUGAGAGGAGAGCGCGGCCGUUGGAAAGGCGGAGGAGCCCGCGGGCGCCCGGUGUCAGCACAGUCUGCUCUUCAGCCGCCGAGAGACGUGAUAAACGCGGGAUAUGUGCUCACCCGGUCUGAGCAUGCUGGGGAAGAGGAUGGAGGGGAUGGCGUCUGCAGUGUGGGCUCGUUGUCUCUUUACCAGGUCGAGAAUUCCAGACUCGGUAUUUCAGCCGCAGCCUGGAGAUCAUGAAAAGUAUGGAGGUGACCCUGAGCAGCCCCACAAAAUCCAUGUUAUUACUAGAAUAAAAAGUGUAAUUGGUCGCCCGUAUUGGGAAAAGAAGAUAAUAAAAGAUCUUGGACUGGAUAAAGCGCAUCAGCCAAGACUGCACAAAAAUAUCCCUUCUGUGAAUUCCAGGCUGAAAGUUGUUAAACACCUGAUAAGAAUACAGCCACUGAAACUGCCUUAUGGGUUGCCAACAGAAGAGGAAAUGUCGGACACCUUUCUUACGAGCAAUGGAGAGCUUGUCAUUAAACGGCAUCUGAAACCUGUGAAGCAGAAAGAAAUUAAGUCAUAAGGUGUGCUGGUUGGAUUUAUAUUUUAUAAAAUAAAUAAUUUAACUCCCAAGUUAAGAGUUUGUCUAUGAAAUGUAAGCUUACUUCUUACUGUGUCUGGUGUGAGUAACGGAGGUGACACUGAUGCUUAAAGAAGGAUUACAUGUGUACAAAUAUAAAAUUAAGUGUUGGUAAUGUUUGCCUGAAAUAUUAAAUGAAUGAUAGGCUUUCUGUCCUUGUGUUUUAAUUUUGUGGCUACAUUACUGCAGUUUAUGGCUAGCUAUUGGAAAACUUUAUAAAAGUCAGAUAAGCAGCGAAGUAAGUAGACUAGAUCUAACUAAUGAUAGUGAGGACGUUUCCCAGCUAACAGUAAAGGUUUACAAUGGUGGUGCAUGAUGUCACCUUCACUGCGCAAAGGAAGGAACUGGAAUUGAAAAGCUCUCUGUUUACCAGUUACACGAGAAUUGACUGGCUGUCCACCAAGAGUGUCGUUUGAUUGAGGCAGGCAUUUGGGUGACUUACCUUGGUCAUCCAGAUCUCACGCUUGUUCCUUAGCCAACAGUCUGGCCUCCUCUGUAGCUUAAAAAGUACCUGAACUCUCCAUUUGGGAAUAACAGAAGGAGUGAUUCACAUCUUGGUAGGUUGUAUAAUUUGUUUUUCAG